CAGAAUCCAAAACUUUUUUUUUUGUUGGUUUUUGGAGAAUGGCCGUUGAAGCAGAGAAAUCUGGGUCUGAUGGGAAGGCUUGGAGUCUUUGCAAAAUGCCGUUUUGGCAAGGGAGAAAUGGGUCUUCUUCCUCUUCAUCUUCUUCGUUAACUUCUAUGCAAUAUUCUCAUAAUGCUUAUCACCACCACCACCAGAAUCAGAAUCAGAAUCACCCUCAUCAUCAUCAUCAUCAUCAUCAUCAGUCUGUGGAGCGAACGAGUCUUCAUUCUUCCAAUACGGUGUCGUCUAUGGCCAAGUCCCUCCUUCCCACUCGUAGAAGGCUCCGUCUUGACCCUCCCACCAAGCUCUUCUUUCCAUAUGAACCUGGUAAGCAGGUUAGGAGUGCCAUUGGGAUUAAAAACACAAGCAAGUCUCAUGUAGCUUUCAAGUUCCAAACAACAGCACCAAAGAGCUGUUACAUGCGUCCUCCUGGAGGCAUACUUGCUCCUGGUGAAAGUAUUAUUGCAACCGUAUUCAAGUUUGUGGAACCUCCGGAGAGUAAUGAAAAACCACUGGAUCAGAAGAGCAGGGUCAAGUUCAAGAUCAUAAGUCUAAAAGUGAAAGGAGAAAUGGACUAUGUUCCGGAACUGUUUGAUGAACAAAAAGACCAUGUGGCUGUUGAGCAAAUUCUAAGAGUUGUUUUCCUUGACCCUGAACGCCAAAGCCCUGCACUCGACAAACUCAAGCGACAAUUAGCUGAGGCAGAAGCUGCACUUGAGGCUCGUAAAAAGCCUCCAGAAGACACGGGCCCUCGAAUUGUUGGCGAAGGGCUUGUCAUAGAUGAAUGGAAAGAGCGAAGGGAAAGAUACCUCGCUCGACAACAAGUUGAAGGGGUUGAUUCAGUGUGAAGUGAUUCUUUCUUUUUGUAUGGAUAGAGGUUUCAAUCUGCGACAUUAAAAGUUCUUUUCCCUGCUGAUAGUUGAGAAAAGCUUGCUACAACAAAAUUGGACCAUCAAAGGUAAAGUGGAAGAAUGUCUUGUUGUGGAUAAUGCAGUGGCAAUUUUUUAUUUGAUUGAAGGAUCUUGAGUCAAGGUUCAUGCCUUGUUACUUGUAGAUAGAUAGAGGGAAUGGAAUUGAAAACGAAGGUUUAUUUUGAUAGCAAAUGUUAUGAAAAAACCAGUUGAUACUGGGCUUUGUGGA